CCCGUUGUAAGCUUGCGACAUUACAAAAAGUCGGAGAAGCGCAGACAGAUGAGGGGCCAGCCAGGAUCUGGUUUGCGCCGUCAGCUGCGACACGCAACACACACUCCGCACCAGCCUUCCACUGCAGCCCGCCAGCCAGCCAGCUAGUGCUCAAACAGCACAGCAUACCUGCCUAGCAAAGCACAGCACCUGCCUAGCAAAGCACAGCACUUGCUGCCCGGUCUCGACCUUCUCCCAACUAUGACGUCGUGCGCCGCGCCGACCUGAUUUCGCACGCGAACCACACACCCCCCUCCUCUUUCCUGAACCCCCACCCCCCGCUAUUCCACCGCCCACUGGGAGAUUCCAAUGGCGUCCGAGAAACGCGCCCGCGCGCCCAGUAUGGAUGACCACAUGGAGCAGGACUCUCCCCAUCCCGACGACACGCCCUCCUCAAACCAGCCCGACUCUGGCGCAACUCCCGUCUCAACCACCCAGACCACCGGCGCCUCGACGACCUCAGCCUCCAACCCCUCAGCCGGCACUCCCGCCACUGCCGCCACCGCCCACACCGCCGACACCUCCUCCUCCGCCGGCACUCCCAACGCGCCGCCUGCGCCCUCCCACGCCACCAAUGUCGCCUCUAAGAGACGGAGGGGCCUGGGCGUGGUCACCCCCAAUGCCUGUACCGAGUGUCGCAAGAAGCGCGCAAAGUGCGACGGCCAGCAGCCCUGUAGCAGAUGCGCCUCCCAGAAGGACGUCGAGUGCCACUACGAGGUUCCCGUGCGCCAGUCAAAGGAGAACCUCCGCAACGAGAUCGAGUAUCUGCGCCGCCAGCAGGCCUCCAACGAGUCCGUCAUCAGCGCCCUCUCCCAGAACGUGCAAUGGGAGGAGGUCCUGCGACGCCUGCGCAGUGGCCAGUCCGUCGAGGCCAUAUCCGACUGGCUGGGCACUCAGAUGUCCUCGGGAGCUGGCCCGAUGCCCUCCUUUGGCCAGCCCUCCGGCUCCGGUUCCAACCUCACCGGCGUCGCCACUUUCGCCGGCGCGAGCGCCUCCUCUUAUACCCCUGGCCUGGCCAAUAUGGCACUGUCGGCCGCCACUGUCAGCCCCACAUCAACCGUCCAUCCUCUGAGUGCGCGACAGGACAUGGACACCUCGAGCCAGUGGAGUCUCUAUUCGGCCGCCAGCCAGGCACAUACCAACAGGAGCAACUCACAGUCAGACGCAAUGCAUUGGAGCCGUUCAGGGCCUCCACAGACACGGGUCGGAUCAUGGGUUGCCGAUAACCUGUCACCUUUGCAGCACUCGCAGCCCUCAGAUGGGGGCUACCACGGCCUCUCUCAGGUAUUGACACCCGAUAUGCCCCCUCCCUCAGGCCUGCCCACCACCUGGACCGAGGUCAGCUCAGAUAGAAGCUUGGUCCAGCACCUGCUUGCCCUCUACUUUUGCUGGGAAUACCCGACCUUCGCAUCUUUGAGCAAGGAGCACUUCCUCAAGGAUUUCCAUCACGGGCGCCAGCGCUACUGCUCUCCCAUCCUCGUAAACGCCCUGCUUGCACUGGGGUGCCGCUUUUCGACCCAGCCCAGUACGCUUGCGAACCCGGACGACCCCUACUCAUCCGGGGACCACUUUUUCAAGGAGAGCCUCCGUCUCUUUUUCCUGGAGGACAACCACCACAGCCUCACUACAAUCCAGGCUCUUGGCAUCAUGUCCAUACGAGAGGCAAGCUGCGGUAGGGACUCGGAGAGUUGGUAUUAUGCCGGGCAGAGCAUUCGUCUCGCUGUCGAGAUGGGCCUGCACCGCGUGAGUGACGAUUCGGGGGAUAGCGACGAGGUCGCUGUCCAGGCAGCUACGUUCUGGGGUGCCUUUGCGUUGGACCAUGCUUGGUCUCUAGCCACUGGUUCUUUGCCUCAAACGUCUUGUUUCCCUCAUUUGCCUCCCAAACCAGCCAUUAUGCCAGAUAUCGAAGCUUCUGUCUGGAUUCCUUAUACGGACAACGGUGCCCCAUUACAACGGUCGUGCGAGCAGCCGUCCAAUGUCAGAUCGGUAUACAAAUGUUUCUGCGAACUCAGCGAAUUAGUCCAUGCAUCCCUCUAUAUUCUCCACACCCCUGGCCGACCAGUCACGGGACCCGAUCUAUUGAGCAUUUACAACCAGUUCAUUGACUGGUACGACACGGUACCAGUCGCACUCAAACUUGGACAUAAUUUCACCCCCGCAGUCCUCUUCGCCCAUAUGUAUUAUCAUUUUGCCAUAUUGCUACUCUUCCGGCCUCUGGUCAAAUUGCGGAUCAAGGGGUCAAGUGUCGUGCCGCGAGAUGUCUGCUAUCAAGCUGCAGACGCCAUUCAAGGUUUAUCCAAAUCAUAUUCACAAUUGUACACGCUGCAGCGGACACCCUCGUUUGUCCCUUAUUUUGUUCUCACCGCUGCGAUCAUGCAUCUGGCCAUCGCGGCAUCGGGGAUCCCGCCGCCAGAAGAAGGCGAGACAGAACCCAUGGGCGGUCCCAGUGGGGGGCCCUCGACAACACGGCAAGCAGCCGGCCACCCACCAGUUGGCUCUGACCCGCCUGCAGUGUCCCCUCACGUAACUCGGUCCAUAAACCAAGGCAUCGCGGACCUGACCGAGAUGGCGCCGUGCCACCACUUUGCGGAGCAGGCGCUGAACAUCCUGCGGUACCUGGCCAAGAAGUGGAACAUCGAGGUCGACAUGGACGUGCCGCAGAGGAUGAGGCGCGAGAAGGAGAAGGCGCAGCGGGAGGGCCGCGAGGCGACGCGGUCGUCGGACCUGACGAGGAUGGACGACCACGACUACGGCACGCGCGCCGCGACCAACAGCCUCAACUUCUUCGCGCCCAACAUGACGGAGAACGACUUUGUCACCACGUGGGGCACCUCGGUGUCGCUGCCCGCGGCGCCGACGCCGACGCCCAGCGCGCCCGUGGCGAGGUCCGGCGACUCGAUGGAGAACCCGCUGUUCUGGCCGUUCCCCAUGCAGGGGAGGCCGAUCCUGCCCACGGGGGAGGCGCUUGCUGAUGCUGGGUUUGAGCUGGUCUAGACGGG